UUUGCAUUCAAGCAAUCACAUCUCCAAACAAACAAACAACCCCUCAAUAUAUCCAUAUCUCAAAAUGUCUGAAGCAACCUUGAAGCUCGGUGACUCCCUCCCAGAGGGCGUCAAGUUCGGCUGGAUCCCACCGACCCCCGAGAACGCAGAUAUCAAAGCAUGCGGAAUGCCAAUUAUCUACAACGCAUCCAAGGAAUGGGCCAACAAGAAAGUCGUCAUCUUCUCUCUCCCCGGUGCAUUCACCCCUACCUGCAGCGCAUCGCAUUUACCAGGCUACAUUGCCAAUCUCCCUGCUCUCCGCGAGAAGGGCGUCGAUGUCGUCGCUACCAUUGCUUACAAUGAUCCUUUCGUUAUGAGCGCAUGGGGCAAGGCAAAUGGAAUUCACAACGAGGAUAUUCUCUUCCUCUCCGACAACCAAUGUGCUUUCUCCAAACUCCUCGGCUGGACCGAUGGCGAACGUACCGGUCGCUACGCUCUCAUCAUCGACAAUGGAAAGAUUGUAUAUGCAGAGAAGGAGCCUGGAAAGGGAGAAGUUACUGUUUCCGGAGCUGAGGCUGUUUUGAGCAAGUUGUAAACGUUUGAUGGAAUGGAGGAAUUAAUAAACACUAAUGCACAUACACAUAUAUGAUUGGGAGCGAGAUUUGAGCAUGAUUUAUAGAUUAGAUGAUUAGAUGGUCAGAAUGGCUGCAUAGAAAUGGAUAGAGGAGAAUACCAUAUAG